AUGCUUCUCCCGCCGCAAGGGAGCAAGGCGAGGAUUUGGUGGCUGCAUUGCUGCCAGAAACUGCAUCUUCCUUGGUAUUUGACAGCUAUGAAGACUUUGCGUCGGGACUGGCUGCUGGCACCCUGGGUCUUCGGCUUGGCAGACUCGGUGCUGACGCUUGCACGGCGCCAGCAGCGCCGGUUCUGGGCACUGGCGGAGUACGGCCGUGGGCACGGGCACCUCCACAGUUAUUCCGACGGCUUGGGGGUGCAUAUCCCCACGGGCUGGCAGCGGGGCCCAGAGAACAUUCAAGGAGGUGUCUUCAAGACCAUCCUCACCGAGCCCCUGACCACAACCGACUGGGUCGGCCACUUCCAAGGUCUCCUGUCGCUGGCGGAGCGGCCACGAUUGUGGUGGGCCUACACUCGGAAGGACUCCGUGCGGGUGCACUCGUUCCGCCGAGUACCCUGCGAGAAGCCCUGGCCCUGCGCCGCCAAGCCGGUGCCGUUGGACGCGGAGGGGGGCCUCGCGUCGGGCCAGGCCCAAACGGCAGGGUCAUUGCUCAGGGAGAAGAUUGACACGGUGCUUGCAGACUCGAAAAAGACCGUUUCCUUGGGUGUGCAGCUGGAGUCUGAGGUUGAUGCUGGCGUGGCGGGACAGCUUUCGCAGCUGCUCGUGCACGCGCUAUCGCAGACGGCGGCUGGCCCUGAAGUGCUGGUGGCACCCAACGCAGGCCUUCAGGAGUGGGCUGGCCAGGAUACGGUAGAGAUCACGUCUCUGGAGUUGAUCAGCCCAUCUGGCGAGACCACGGCCUUGAAGCCCAACAGGGUGGUCUUUCUGGUUGCGCGGCAUAUCCCCCGCGCGGAGAUGCGGAGCUUCCUGGCGCAGUCCGAGCGGGAAGUGGUGGCCACGGGGGACCAAAGUGUGGCAGAGGCGGUGCUCUUGGGCAAGGUGCCCUUCCAGCCGGAUGCCAAAGUCUCCCAGUGGCGCGCGGCCCUGGCGGCGGACGUGGCCACAGUGCCUGAUCUGGGGCAGACGCUGCGGGACCUUCUCUCCUCGGAGGAGCUCCGCCAGAGCUUGGUGAACCAGUCCCGGGCAUACAGUGAAGCUGUUGAGGCUCAGCUGGGUCCGCAGCCCACAGAGGCCGUCAACUCUAUGAAGGCGGCGCAGCAGGCUGCUGCUGCCAAGCGGGAAGAGGAAAAGCGCUGGGCAGACGAGAUGGCUGCCAAGCGCAAGGCCGCAGCCCGCAAGGGCCAAAGAAGUUCGCGGCCGACAUUCAAGAUUGAGAAAGAGGCGCCGGAGUCCGAGUGUUCCAUCCACGAGUUCGUUAAGUGCAAUGGCUUCGAGCGGCAGUUUAUCAACAAUCAGCCCAAGACCUUGAAGACGGUGACAGAAGACAUCGCACAUUGGGAGGGUGAAAUUGCCAGAGGCAUAACGUCGACGCCCAACGGUCAGAUGAGGUACUCCACAAUGGUGAAGGUUCUCAAGGAGUUCAAGGAGUACAUGGAUUUGCACGGCGAAGAGAACUUGAAGCGGCGAUUCAUUCGCGGCAAAUUCGCGGAUGGAUACGUGGAUGCGUAUAAGCGCUACCUUGCUUUCCGACGUCAGAUGCGGCAAGCUCAGGAUUGGACGGUUCGCGCUGUGCAGCGCGAGCCAGAGCAGGAGGCUAUGGACGCAUCAAGCCGCCGGCUGACUGAGAAGGCAUGGGAGCUCCGACUUACCGGUGAUGGAUGGAAGGACCGCGACCCUGCGCAGGCAGUGCGGCACUACGAGUGGGCGCUGGACAUCCUUCGGCCAGUGCCGGUAGAGCAUGCCGGCCCGAGCAGGUGCGCCUUACUUCUCAAGCUCGCACGUUGCCACCUGGCUGGUGCAGUGGCAGACCCUGCCAGAGCGCUGCGAUGCUGUGAUGAGGUCAAGGAGAAUGAUCGACACGGAGCGUGGCAGGCAGAGGUCAAAGCAGUGCGUCAGGAAGCGAGCGCAAUCCUGGGAAGUGCGCCGAGCAUAGGUACCCUGCCGGCCAAGCGAGACCCAGGACCUGGCGGCGCAGCAACAGCGAAGGCUACCGCACCUGCGCGACUUGCGUCCGGCAGGUCCGGUGGGAUGUACUGCUUGGAGCUGAACGCCGUGCAGACCUUCAACAUGCUGGACUCCACCCUGACCGACGAUUUGUUCUUUGCCCUGGAUGCCAUCAAGGAGGAUAGACUCAGAAGAGGUUGAUGGCGGCA